CGAUUAAGGUCAGAAGAAACCCUAUCUUUUCGCCACUUCUUCUUACCUUCAUGCCUGGAGCCAGGCCUGUCGAUCCUCGUCGCUCCUAUCUUCUUCGUCGCCAUAGAGAUACCUCGACGCCGGGCAGUGGUCUUCCGAUCCCCAUAGAGUACCGCAAUCCCUACUGCCUCCAAUUUACAGGUUUUACUUUAUCUUGAAAAUACUCUAAUGGUUAAAUUAUGUGAAUUUCUUUGCAUAUCUCUUGAAAAUACUCUAAAUUCUUCAAUUAUAUGAAUGAAAAUAUUCUAAUUCUUCAAUUAUGAGGAUUUAUUUGCUUAAUUUUUGUUACCUCAAUUUGAUUUUUGAUUUUCUUUUUAUUGAUAUACUUUUAGAUCAGAUUUUUAAAUAAAUUUUUUUAUCUAAAAAUAUGAAAGAAUCAAAAUUAUUUUUUACUAGUUUUUUUGUUCACACCUACUAGGUUUACAGUAGGGUGUAAAAACUUGGUUGCCAAGAACGAGGACGAAUAUGUUGAGUUGGCAAUUCACUUGGCAACUGAUCUAACUGCCCUCUCAAAGCUGAGAAUGAGCCUUCAGAACCGUAUGCUGAAAUCUCCUCUCUGUGAUGGGUCAAAAUUCACCCUGAAUCUUUUUGGUUCUAUAGUAACCACGCUCUUAACCCCCCUGCUGAGAUUAAAGUAGAUGCCAGGGUGGAGAGGAAGACGAAAUCCGCUGCUCUGCUGCCCGCCACGACACUCUCCCUGCCGGAGGGCAACACAACAAUCUUCGUGUAAUUGGCACUCCUAUCUUGAAGAUUUGGUCUUUAUUAUUUGAUUUGAGUAAUUUUAGAAUAUGGAUUUUCAUUCUUUGUGUUUUUUUUGUUUUCUACUUUGGAUUGAAGCAAACCAAUGUACUCUUUAUUUUGUUUUUGAUAAAUUUUGUGUACUCUUAUUUGCAUCUCGCCAUCUUAUUGUUUUUUGGUUUUAUGAUGUGCAUCCUACUUGUUACUUCUCUCCCAACAUUUGGUAUCGGAGCAUUGGUUAAACCGUAGAUAUGGAGUCAGGAAAUCAUUCUAUGGUUAAAUUGACAUCAACCAAUUAUUCAAUUUGGCGUCCUAUGAUGGAGGAUUUGUUAUAUUGUAAAGAUUUGUUUGACCUAAUUGAUGUGGAUAAAACCAAGAAGGAUGACAUGCCCACUAAACCAGAGAAGAUGACGGAUAAAGAAUGGGAAAAACUAAAGAGAAAGACCUUGGGGACUAUUAGACAGUGGAUUGAUAUUAGCAUAUUCAAUCAUGUAUCCCAAGAGACUGAGCCACUCGAGUUGUGGAGAAAAUUGGAGGGUCUUUAUGAGAGAAAGACUGCUCAUAACAAGGCCUCGUUGAUUAAGAGGCUUGUUAGUCUCAAGUUGAAGCCAGGAAAAUCUGUUUCUGAGCAUCUUAGUGAUUUUCAAGAUAUCAUUAACAAGUUGACUGUGAUGAAAAUUGUUUUUUAUGAUGAGUUGCAGGCUUUAUUCCUAUUGAGUUCUUUGCCAGAUAGUUGGGAGACUUUGGUUGUGUCUAUCAGCAACUCAGCUUCAGAUGGUGUGCUUUCAUUGGAUGUCAUUAAAGAGAGCAUGUUCAAUGAAGAGCUUAGAAGAAAGGAGAUGGGUGUUGACACUUCACAAGCACUUGUGGUGGAGAAUAGAGGAAGAAGCAAAAGUAGAGGACCUAAGGGGCGUGGCAAGUCAAAGUACAGGUCCAAGUCCAAGGAUGGGAGAGAGCCCACUAUAUGUCACUAUUGUAGCAAAUCUGGCCAUAUUCAAAAGUUUUGCUACAAGAUGAAAAGAGACCAGCAAAAGAAGAAAAAUGAUCAUCACAAAGAGGGUGAUGACAAGAAUACAACGGCGACAGCUUCUACUUCAGAUGAUGGUGUUUCAUUGGUUUGUACUGCCGGUGAUUGUUGUCAUGUUGAUAAUUCUGAUUCUGAAUGGCUUGUUGAUACAGGGCUUCUUAUCAUUGUGUUCCUCAUAAGGAGUACUUUAUUGACUACCGAGUUGGAGAUUUUGGUAGUGUGAAGAUGGGAAACCAAAGUUCAGCCAGUAUUGUUGGAAUUGGAGAUAUUCGGGUUCAAACCAGUGUUGGGUGCUAUAUGACUUUGAGAGAUGUUCGCCACAUUCCAGAUCUACGCCUCAAUUUAUUGUCUGCUAAUGUACUUGAUCAAGAAGGUUACAAGCAUACUUUUGGUGAGGGUAAAUGG